AUGGCCGACAAGCUCCGCACUCUCCAGAACCUCGAGGCUCUGCAGGCCCGUUACGUCGGUACCGGCCACGCCGACACCACGAAGUACGAGUGGACGUCCAACAUCCUCCGCGACAGCUACGCCUCGUACGUCGGACACCCCCCGCUGCUAGGGUACAUGGCGGUCGGUAUGGGCGAGCCCAAGGAGAAGGUGCGGGCGAUGAUGCUGGAGAAGAUGGUCCGAGGCGCUGGCAAUCCCCCAGUGACACAAGAAUAA